AUGUCGUACUUGGAACAUAGCUCCGCCGUCAUCUCGGCACCGCGUUCUUGGCAGAGUCUGGAGAUGAGUAAAAAUACUUCGCACGAAUUGAAUACCACAGCCUUGAUUAUAAUGAACGCCCAGCCGAGGUCAUCGGCACACGAGUCAUCGAGUAAGCAAAUCAUCUAUCCUUUACAAGUGUAUGAGGCGACCAGUAGGAUAAACCGGGUGCACUACCAUUUGAGUGAUUUAUUUUUAGCAAACUGCAUUAGCGAAGCUCGAGCUGGACACCGUACAUUCCGUGUACUCAUCUUGGCUGAUGCAGCAAAGACGGCGUUAAGAGUUGAAGAAUUGGGAUCCUGUCCCUCGCAGUCUUAUGGCAUAAUGAGCAAGAUAUUUGACGUCCAGCGCGAAGGCAAUGAGACUGCUGGAGAGACCUUCUCGGAGACCCUUGAGCUACAGACACUCACGGGUUUUGAUACUUUCCGGUAA